CAGGCGGGUACCCCGCGCCCUGUGCCCGCCGGAGGAGCUCUGCUCCGGGCUUCGGAGGUGGUGACCAUCUGCGCAAGGUAAAACAUCAAGAGAGCAUGGCUCACCUGAGUGAACGUAAAUGGACUCACGUGUUCCCUUUCCUGGUGGUCUCCUUGGUGUACUCUGCCAGUGCUGAAUACUCCAACUGCGGCGAGAAUGAAUACUACAACCAGACCACUGGCAUGUGCCAUGACUGCCCCAAGUGCGAGCCGGGUGAAGAACCUUACAUGACAUGUGGAUAUGGCACCAAAGACGAGGACUAUGGCUGCAUCCCCUGCCCUUCAGAGAAGUUUUCCAGAGGAGGUUACCAGAUAUGCAGACGGCACAAAGACUGUGAGGGUUUUUUUCGAGCCACAGUCAUGACACCUGGUGAUCAGGAGAAUGAUGCAGAAUGUGGUCCUUGUCUCCCAGGUUACUACAUGCUGGAAAACAGACCUCGCAACAUCUACGGGAUGGUUUGCUACUCAUGCUUGUUGGCACCUCCUAACACCAAGGAAUGUGCAGGGUCUAACUCUGGCAUUUCAGCCAUUUUUCCAAGCACCUCGGGCACAAGCACUUUCUCACCUUACCAGCAUGCUCACAAAGAUCUUUCAGGACAAGGACAUCUGGCUACAGCUCUUAUAAUUGCCAUGUCUACCAUCUUCAUAAUGGCUAUUGCCAUUGUCCUCAUCAUCAUGUUUUACAUUGUGAAAACAAAACCUUCUGCUCAAGCCUGUUGCAAGAGCCACUCAGUAAAAAAUGUUGAAGCUCAGGCUAACACACAAGAAGAGAAGAAAGAAGUGCAAGAUAAUGUUGUGAUAUUCUCUGAGAAAGAAGAGUUUGAAAAACUUACAGCAACUCCAGCUAAGGCUGUCAAAAGUGAAAACGAUGCAUCUUCUGAGAAUGAACGACUUUUAAGCCGUAGUAUGGAUAGUGAUGAAGAAGCUGCAGUUGACAAGCAAGGGACUCCAGAGAGAUGCUUAUUAUCUUUAGUGCAUUUGGCCAGAGAUAAAUCUUCUACAAGCAAUAAAUCAACUGGGAUUCAAAGUCGAAGGAAAAAGAUACUCGAUGUGUAUGCUAACGUAUGUGACGUUGCAGAAGGUCUGAGCCCUACAGAGCUGCCAUUUGAUUGCCUGGAGAAGACCAGCCGAAUGCUCAGCUCGACCUACAACACAGAAAAAGCCAUAGUGAAAACGUGGCGCCACCUUGCCGAGAGCUUUGGACUGAAGAGAGAUGAGAUAGGCGGUAUGACAGACGGCAUGCAGCUGUUUGACCGCAUCAGCACGGCAGGUUACAGUAUCCCAGAACUGCUAACCAAACUGGUACAAAUUGAGCGGUUGGAUGCUGUAGAAUCCUUGUGUGCAGAUAUUCUGGAGUGGGCGCAAGCAAUGCCAGCUCCUGAACCAGCAGGGACAUCCUGACAUGCCUGCCUGGGACCUGCACUUCUACAUCACCCCAAAGAUGCACGAUUUCGGCAAGCACACAAAGACUAUGGACAAAAGACCACUGAUGUUUCUUCUACAUAAUUGCUCCUGAUAGCCAAUGGGAAGCUCUUCUCUUUGACUUCUAAAAAAAAGUGAAGUUGCACAUUUAUAAAAAUAAGAGCAGAAAUCUCCCAAGAACCUUGGUAUGAAACACGUCAAUAAACAAAAUUAUUAUAUUAACCAGUUACUGAUAACAAGUGGACACACAAACAUCCAUUUUGCGGUCUGUAUUAUAAGGGCAAAUAACCCUGCUGAUACCCUUCCUGCCUGGCCUUCAAGAAAGGCAUUGAAUAGCUCUCUGAAAAUAUUCCUGUCUCUUAGGACUUCAUUCAAUGGUGUAAUGGUUUAAUAGUUACAGUCAGAAGCA